AUGGAGGUGGAGGCUCUGGAGAAGGGGCACACAGCUUUUGCCAAGACGAUGAAAUCUUUCAGUUCUUCAGAACGCUAUUUUGAGGAUAUAUAUGCUACAGAUACUUUGCGUUCUUCAGACAAAACAAUUGUUCUACCUAUGCCGCAAGUUGUAAAAGCUGAGGUGAAAAGUGAUAUCAGUAAGGAAGCUCAACCUGGGAGGGGAGCACAAAGCACCUUGAGAAAGGAGAUUCUGCAGCUUGAGAAGCACCUCAAGGAUCAACAGGUUGUUCGUGGUGCACUGGAAAAAGCUUUAGGGCCUAACGCUGCUCAAGUCAACUUGUCACCAGAGAAUCCAAUGCCAAAGGCAGCUAAUGAAUUGAUAAGGGAGAUUGCCACAUUGGAGCUCGAGGUCAAGAAUAUGGAGCAGUAUCUCCUGACACUGUACCGGAAAGCAUUUGAGCAGCAAGCAUCUGCAUUUUCUCCCCCUGAUUGCCGGGAAGCUCCAAAAUUGUCAAUGAGCUCACGUUGCGGGCAGCUCCGGGAAACGCCCAUGGCAAUGAAGUCUUGCAAGAGUAGAGGGGAUGCAGCGCUCCGGUCCAGUUACCCGCCGGUGCAUAAGAAAUUGAAUGAUCCAUUGGCAGAUUGCUGCACAUCCGCUCGCUCUGAUAGAGCGGUUGAUUCAGAUGUCCUCCGCUGCCAGUCUGCAUUGUCAUACCGUGGAGUUUGUUCGUCCAGGAUAUUGCCUUCAGAGGAUGAUAGUCUUGCAAGGGCUCUUCGCUCAUGCCACUCACAGCCAUUCUCAUUCGUAGAGGAAGGAGAGACUGGUGCAUCAGGAAUGAUAAGCUUAGCAGAGUAUCUAGGAACUAAUGUAGCUGACCACAUCCCUGAAACUCCCAACAACCUUUCAGAGGAGAUGGUGAGAUGCAUGGCGGGGAUAUACUGCAGACUUGCAGAUCCUCCCUUGGUUCACCAUGGCUCAUCGUCUUCGCGAUCGUCGUCGUUCUCCUCAACUAGUGCAAUCUCUCCACAGUAUGUUGGGGACAUGUGGAGUCCCCAUUACAAGAGAGAAACGACUCUGGACUCCCGUUUGAUAAACCCAUUCCAUGUCGAGGGUUUGAAGGAGUUCAGUGGACCUUACAACACAAUGGUUGAAGUUCCUAUGAUUAGCCGUGACAGUCGGAGGCUGAAAGAAGCUGAGGAUCUGCUCCAGACUUACAAGUUGAUUUUGUACCGGUUGGAAGCCGUUGAUCUGAGGAGAAUGACAUAUGAAGAAAAGAUAGCAUUCUGGGUCAACAUACACAAUGCUUUGCUGAUGCAUGCUUAUCUGAAGAAUGGCGUCCCACAGAACAAUCUAAAGAAAACAUCCCUACUUGUUAAGGCUGCCUGCAAAAUAGCUGGACGCAACAUCAACGCCGCUGUUAUCCAGAGCAUUGUUCUUGGAUGUAACACACAUUGCCCCGGACAGUGGCUACGGACGCUGCUUUACCCCAGGAUCAAAAGCAAAGUGAGCAAAGCGGGGCAUGAGUGGCGAGCCUUUGCCGUUGCACAAUCAGAGCCUCUUUUACGCUUUGCGCUUUGUUCCGGCAGCCAUUCUGAUCCCGCGGUGAGGGUGUACACUCCGAAGCGGCUGUUCCACCAGCUGGAGGCGGCCAAGGAGGAGUUCAUCCGGGCGACGGCCGGCGUGUGGAAGGAGCAGAAGCUGCUGCUCCCCAAGCUCGUGGAGGCGUACGCCAAGGACGUGAAGCUCUCGUCGCAGGGCCUCGUGGACAUGGUCCAGCGCUACCUCCCUGAGAGCAUGAGGAUGGCCGUGCAGCGGUGCCAGCAGGGCGGCAGGUCGUCGGGCAAGGUCGUGGAGUGGGUGCCCUACAACCCGGCCUUCCGCUACCUGCUCGCCAGGGACCUCGCGUUCCCUCACCUCAGCUGA